AUGAGGAACGUUACCUCGAAGGCGAGGAAAUUCUUAACCCCGGCUCGUCCGAUAGAGGCGAUCAGAAAAAAAAUCAUCGCAGUCGUCGGUGCAACAGGUACCCAAGGUUCAUCUGUUGCUCGAACGUUCUUGAGUCUCUCUAACUGGCACGUCCGAGCUCUGACUCGCAAUCCAACUUCCGACAAGUCUACUGAGCUCAAGAGCCUCGGUGCUGAAGUUGUGCAAGCCGAUCUAGACGACAAAGGGUCACUCGAAGCAGCAUUUGCAGGGGCCCAUGCGAUCUUCCUCAACACGGACUUCUGGCAGCCCUACCGGAAGAUUAUUGCGACAGGAGCUGAUCCUGAGGCAAGUGGGAAGCAAGCAUAUGAGAUUGAAGUGAACCACGGCAAGAACGCGGCCAUUGUUGCUGCCGGUAUUUCCACCCUCCAACGCUUUGUUUACUCAGCUUUGGGUCCCAUGAAGGCUGCAUCUGGUGGUAAAUACCCCCACUCACGUCAUUGGGAGACGAAAGCCAGUAUUGUCGAAUACAUUCAAGCAGAGCAGCCGGAAUUGGCCAAGAAAACAUCUUUCAUCUAUAUCGGGGCAUACAUCACCAAUCGUUUCCUGUAUCCAAAGUUUGAUGCCGAGACCAAGGAAUUCUCAUAUGUGAUUCCUGGAGGAAAGGAUCUUCGGAUGCCAAUCAUCGAUACUGCCAAGUCGACGGGUCCCUUUGUGAGGACAUUAAUUGAAGAUGAGGAGGCGGGGACCAAGCUUCUGGCGUACGAUGACUAUCAAACGACUGGGAAUGUUGCCAAAACAUUCUCCAGAGCUCUUGGCAAGGAAAUCAAAGUCUACAACGUGGGAAUGCAAGAGCUUCAUGAGAAAACAGGUGCGCCUUUGGAGGUCCUCAGUGGACCUGCUUUCUUGAGUGAAUUCGACUACUGCGCUGGAAUAUCUAAUGUAAUCGAGCCUGAUCAAUUGAAGAACCGCCCGUCGGCUCCAACAUUUUCGGAAUGGCUAAGUGGUCAUGAUGUGCUCGAGCUGAUCGGGUUGAAAAAGUCAAACAAUUGA